AUGUCCCAGUCCAACUCGCAAGCAAUGGCCGAAUCCAGCUCGCAACCGAAGGCUCGUAUACCUUUGGAUGCUCCCGGUGGUUUUAGUCGGUUAAUUCUUUCAGGGAUGACAGACAGCCUGGAGGGUGUUCGAAACUUCGAUGAUGCGCUCGCACGCAUCGAAGCCUUGAGUGACAUGGAAGAAGUGGUUAAGGCCGCCGGACAGCUAUUUAGAGUCUUCGUCGACCUUUGCAAUAACCUGGACCGUUAUAUCGAAAUCUGUCGCCGCGGGGAUCAUGAGGCGCUGCUCGAGGUGCGGUCAAUUAUUUACGUGCUAGUAACCGCCUUCUUGGCGCUGCUGGCGUUAUCUUGGAUGCCGUCGUUCGCGUUGCAUACCCAGACUCUGGCGAUUGGGAGCGAGGAGCUGUCUGAAGACAAGGUCUCAGCUGAUGAGGCCAACAAGGAACGAGGGCACUUCGUGGGCCCGAGGAUCCCAAGGAGGUCACAACGAGACACACGAUUUGAGAGAGUAGGGACUACGCUGACAGCCUGA